CCCCCCCGCGGCGCUCUAGGCCAGAACGCGGGCACUCGUUGGUGCUCGGGCGGACUACCCCGCUUUACGGCCCGGGCAGCCACCGCGCGACAGUUUGCGUUUCCUUGUCGCUCGCACCCUCACCAUGGCGUCGGGCAGCGGGACUAAGAACUUUGACUUCCGCCGAAAGUGGGACAAAGAUGAAUAUGAGAAACUUGCAGAGAAGCGGCUCACGGAAGAGAGAGAAAAGAAAGAUGGCAAACCAGCUCAGCCCGUCAAAAGGGAACUUCUGCGGCACCGAGACUACAAAGUGGACCUGGAGUCGAAGCUGGGGAAAACCAUUGUCAUCACCAAAACCACCCCGCAGUCGGAGAUGGGCGGGUAUUACUGUAACGUCUGUGACUGCGUGGUGAAAGACUCCAUUAACUUCCUGGAUCACAUCAAUGGCAAAAAACACCAGAGAAAUCUGGGCAUGUCCAUGCGGGUGGAGCGCUCCACACUUGACCAGGUGAAGAAACGCUUUGAGGUGAACAAGAAGAAGAUGGAGGAGAAGCAGAAGGACUAUGACUUUGAGGAGAGGAUGAAGGAGCUCCGUGAGGAGGAGGAGAAGGCCAAAGCCUACAAGAAGGAGAAGCAGAGAGAGAAGAAAAGGCGGGCGGAGGAAGAUUUGACAUUUGAAGAGGAUGAUGAAAUGGCAGCCGUGAUGGGUUUCUCGGGUUUCGGCUCAACCAAAAAGAAUCACUGAGCAGCUCUGGACUCUCCUCUUUCUUGAAACAGAUUGUUUUUACCCAGGGGACUCUGGAUAACUCUUAACAGACUUGAUUGAGGACUUGUAUGUUAAUCUCCCAGUGGAGGUUGGCUGGAGGAGUUGAAAAGCGAUUCCACGCUCUACCUGCGCUGCAGAACAAGCUCUGCCUGUCAUUAGCUUCCCUUCUCCUUCUGUGUCCUAGAUCCGGCUGCUCCUCGCUGCUCCGUGGUCCUGUGCACACAGGGAACUGCUCUGCUGGGUACGUUUUUGUGUCAGUGAAGUGCAACAGUUCUGUACAGAUGGCCUGGUUCAGGAUUCGUCUGGUUGUUCCGGGCCCUAGUUUGUUCUAGUUAUCAGCAAGGCUGCGUGUUUGAGACACAGGGAGCGAUUCCGUUGCGUUUUUGGAUCGUGUAGGUGAGGGAAAUGUGCCGCAGAGAGCGGUGCUGAGCGGCACAACCUGCAUCGUUACAGCUUGUGCUGAGCAGAGCUGGUGGCUGCAUGGAGUCGGGGUCGCUGAAACUUUCCUGUGUAUUUUAUCUGCAAGGGAUCCUGCCCUGCUUUUCUCGGUGUUUCGUCCCAUCACUUCAGUAUCUUUAAGGCCAGGGAGAAAUUCCUCCCUGCGACUGAUCUAGGAUAGAGCAAAUGAAAGAAAGGUGUGUACAAUUUGCCAGAAAUAAAUGGAUCGUUUUAAUGGG